CAGACAGCGGCGCGCUGCAGCGACCUGUCUCUUUAAAUUGGUGUCAAAGCCGAUUACCGCCGUGGUUCUGUUUCCACCGUCCGUUCCCUGAAUCUGUUUUUGUUUUACGGUGCGAGCAGCUUUCUCCCGGUCGUUUCGUGCAUCUCACUGCGUCGGUCUUAGUGGCCGGUAACUCUUCGCCAAAGUUUGGAGCAUGGAAGCGUCGUGAAGCGCGGCAGGAAUCCCAUAUGAAAGCCCCAGUCUGGCGUGUGUGAUGUGCGCUCCACCGCGGACACUCCCAACUUGUUAUAUCGUUGUAAGCCCGGAUUACCUUUCCCUGCUAACGGAGUUUUCACCUGCUUUCUCGUUGGUGUCUGCGUUGAAAUAACGGCAGUGGCAGCGCGUGAGGAGACGCGAUAUGAAGUGACUGGAGUUGGCACCAAAUUAAAAACCUACCCAGGUGAACAUAAAAUGCAGAAGAGUUUACGGUACAACGAAGGCCACGCUCUGUAUCUGUCGGUGGUUGCGCGUAAAGAGGGCACCAAGCGCGGCUUCCUGAGCAAGAAGACCGCGGACAACAGUCGCUGGACCGAGAAGUUCUUCGCUCUCCACCAGAACCUGCUUUUCUACUUCGAGAACGACCAGAGCACGAGGCCCUCGGGGAUCUACCUGCUGGAGGGAUGCGCGUGCGAGCGGGCACCGGCGCCCAAGGUGUCCGCCAUCACCAAGGAGCCCAUGGAGAAAGAGCAGGUGCGUCCCGCAGCGGUGGAAGAGCACCACUUCCUGGUCAGUUUUGGCCACGAUGGGCAGAAGCCAUUGGAGCUGCGGGUGGAGGAAGACUCCGACUGCAGCGAGUGGGUGGAGAGCAUCCAGCAGGCCAGUUACUCUGACAUCAUCAUCGAGCGGGAGAUCCUGAUGCAGAAGUACAUCCACCUGGUCCAGAUCAUGGAGACCGAGAAGAUUGCAGCCAAUCAGCUUCGCACUCAGCUGGAGGACCAGGACACUGAGAUCGAGAGGCUCAAAGCCGAGAUUGCAGUGCUGAACAAAUCCAAGGAAAGGAUGCAGCCUCACCAGAACAACCAAGACGAGGAAGACGCAGACCUUAGAAAGAUCAAAAAGGUGCAAAGCUUCCUGCGCGGCUGGCUGUGCCGCAGGAAGUGGAAGAUCAUUGUCCAGGACUACAUCUGUUCCCCUCACGCCGAGAGCAUGAGGAAGAGGAACCAGAUUGUCUUCACCAUGGUGGAAGCAGAGGCGGAGUACGUCCACCAGCUGUCCAUCCUGGUGAACUGUUUCCUCAGGCCGCUGCGCAUGGCCGCCAGCUCCAAGAAGCCUCCCAUCAGCCACGACGACGUCAGCAGCAUAUUCCUGAACAGUGAGACCAUCAUGUUUCUGCAUGAGAUCUUCCACCAAGGUCUAAAGGCUCGGAUCGCCAGCUGGCCCACUCUGGUUCUGGCCGACCUGUUCGACAUCCUGCUGCCCAUGCUGAACAUUUACCAGGAGUUUGUGCGGAACCACCAGUACAGUCUGCAGGUGCUGGCCAACUGUAAGCAGAACCGAGACUUCGACAAGCUGCUGAAACAGUACGAGGCCAACGCCGCCUGUGAGGGGCGCAUGCUGGAGACGUUCCUCACGUAUCCCAUGUUCCAGAUUCCACGCUACAUCAUCACUCUACAUGAGCUGCUGGUGCACACGCCUCAUGAGCACGUGGAGCGCAAGAGCCUGGAGUUUGCUAAAUCCAAACUGGAGGAGCUGUCAAAGAUGAUGCACGACGAAGUGAGUGACACCGAGAACAUCAGGAAGAAUCUGGCCAUAGAGAGGAUGAUUGUGGAAGGCUGUGACAUCCUGCUGGACACCAGCCAGACCUUCGUCAGACAAGGCUCACUCAUCCAGCUGCCGUCCAGCGGUGAGCGGGGCGUGCUCAGUAAGGUCCGCCUGGGCUCCCUCUCGCUGAGGAAGGAGGGCGAGCGGCAGUGCUUUCUGUUCACCAAACACCUUCUCAUCUGUACCCGGACAUCUGGAGGAAAGCUUCACCUACUCAAGCAAGGAGGGACCCUGUCUCUGAUAGAGUGCACUCUCAAUGAAGAGCUCGACACCAGUGACGAGGACUACAGUGCAGCGGGUCAAGGCUUCAGCCACCUGGAGUUUAAAAUAGUGGUGGAGCCCCCUGACGGCCAGACCUUCUCCGUCCUCCUCUUGGCUCCUUCUCGCCAGGAGAAGGCUGCGUGGACCAGCGACAUCAGCCAGUGCAUCGAUAACAUUCGAUGUAACGGCCUGAUGACCAGCGUGUUUGAGGAGAACUCCAAAGUCUCUGUGCCGCACAUGAUCAAGUCUGAUGCCCGACUGCAUAAAGACGACGUCGACAUUUGCUUCAGCAAGACUCUGAACUCCUGCAAAGUCCCACAGAUCCGAUAUGCCAGCGUGGAGCGUCUGCUGGAGCGACUGACGGACCUGCGCUUCCUCUCCAUAGAUUUCCUCAACACCUUCCUCCACACCUACAGGAUCUUCACCACCGCUGCCGUGGUCAUUGACAAGUUGGCCGACAUCUACAAGAAGCCGUUCACCUCCAUACCUGUCAGGAUCGAGCAGCUUUCAUACGACCGUCUGUCCAUCAUGUCGCUCUGUCCUGACUACAGUCUGAAGAUCACACAGCUUGCACUGGACCAGUCCAAGUCUCUGGAGCUCUUAUUUGCCACCAACCAAGGCGUCUGGGGAACCGACCCCUUGAGCAACAAAUCCCCGAGGUUGUGCCGCAAGUUCUCCUCUCCUCCUCCUCUCUCCAUCCCCUCUCACGCCUACUCCCCCGUCCGCUGCCGUAAACUCUCCCUCAAUUCCCCAGUCAGUGUGAAGGCAGGAGCCUUGGACCUGUCCACCACCCCCGACCCCUCUACAGCCAACUCCCCCACCUCUAGUCACUGCCCAUCCAUCUCCUCUCCACCUCCCAGCUCAACCAAGGCCCCCUCCGGCUUUUCUUCCCCUCCACCCACCACCACUCGCUCUCCCAACCUCCCACAGGCCUGUGGGGUGUCCUCACCACCUCACGUCUCCACCAAGGCCCCGCUGGACCUCAGCUGUGGUCCCAGCUCCCCAGAGCUGAGCCCAGCUGCAGAGGAGGACGUCGGCGGAGAGCUGCCUCGCAUCGACGCCUUCUGUGGGAAGCUGAGGAGAAGCAUCCGCAGGGCUGUCCUGGAGUCGGUGUCGCUGGACAAAUCCAUCCCUGACUCUCCAGCCAGCAGCGAGCCGAGUGACACGUCUCCCUGCCGCUCCCCUUUGACACCGAGGCACCUCCGCUACAGACAGAUAGGAGGCUUCAGUAAUUCUGAGAAAGCCUGUGACAAAGAAUUCAUCAUCCGCAGAGCUGCAACCAACAGAGUCCUCAAUGUGCUGAGACACUGGGUUUCCAAGCACUCCCAGGACUUUGACAUAAACAGUGAGCUGAAGACAGGGGUGAUCAGUCUGUUGGAAGAUGUGCUGCGAGAUCCAGACCUGCUGCCGCAAGAGAGGAAAGCAACAACCAACAUAUUAAGUGCCCUUUCUCAAGAGGAACAAGAUGGUGCUCAGCUGAAGAUGGAGGACAUACUACAAAUGGUGGAGAGUCCUAGAACAGAAUAUUUCGAGUUUCUCUCAGCCAUGGAGCUGGCAGAGCAGAUCACACUGCUGGACCACAUUGUGUUCAGGAGUAUCCCCUACGAGGAGUUCCUGGGUCAGGGCUGGAUGAAGGUCGACAAGACAGAAAGGACUCCGUACAUCAUGAAGACCAGCCGGCACUUCAAUGACAUGAGUAACCUGGUGGUGUCUCAGAUCAUGACCUACCCUGAUGUGGGCUCCAGGGCCAGCUCCAUAGAAAAGUGGCUAGCAGUGGCCGACAUCUGCCGCUGCCUCAACAACUACAACGGAGUGCUGGAGAUCACCUCGGCUCUUAACCGCAGCGCCAUCUACAGGCUGAAGAAGACCUGGGCCAGAGUGUGCAAACAGACGAAGGCGCUCCUAGACCGGCUGCAGCAGACGGUGUCCUCAGAAGGGAGGUUCAAGAACCUCAGAGAGACGCUGAAAAACUGUAACCCUCCGUGUGUCCCGUACCUGGGCAUGUACCUCACUGACCUGGCUUUCAUUGAGGAGGGAACGCCCAACUUCACCGAGGAGGGCCUGGUCAACUUCUCCAAGAUGAGGAUGAUUUCUCACAUCAUCCGGGAGAUUCGUCAGUUUCAGCAAGCGCCGUACAGGAUAGAGCACCAGCCCAAGGUGACUCGGUUCCUCCUGGAUAAGACACUGGUGAUGGAUGAAGACACCCUGUAUGAGCUCUCACUCAAGAUGGAACCCAGAGUAGCACCUGGCUAAUUAUAGCUGUAAUACACAAACAAUUAGACAAAGGCAGGAUAUAACUGUUCUCCAGCUAACAGUAUAAACACAGAGAAACUGGGAAUCAAUACAACUUGAUUCUUUUUUAGUGAAGCAGAGGUUGUUAGGCCAGUUGACACUCAGGAGAAAAUGUGCCUUGUUGAAUCUGAUGUGUAUAUGUAGUAAACGGAGUGACCUGUAUAAUACGCAGCUCUGCCAUAAAAUCAGACAGUUAUGACUGUAGGGACGUCUUGGCUUCUCACCAUGGCACUAGAAAGUAAAACGCUGCUGCUGCCACACUGUAAAUACACAACAGCCUGCCUCACUAGUCCUGCACAUGCACACUGUCAGGGCCUCUGCUACGUGGAGGGUUUGUACAAGGCCCCGGGUUUGCUGGUGAUAGGAGGAUGCACCAUGCAGCACCAGUGGAAACACCCACCAGCCUCCAUGAGGUUCGGCCUACAGACACGCGCACUAAACACG